UUUUUAUGAAAACAAAAAACUCAACUCAACGGGCAUUAAUCUGAAACAAAGCAUUUAAUAUAAGCCUCUUGGUAUGGUAAAAUUUUGAAUGCUCAUUCAUUAAAACUCACGAGAACUUUGCUUCUUCUUUUUCUACUUCAAUUCUUGUCUCUCUUAGAUCCCAUCUCUUUAUACUUGCUUUCAUUCCUCUAAUCUCUUCCUCAUCUUUCACUUUCCCAGUUUCAGAGUGGAAGAAAUUAGAAAUAGUAUGCCUCAAGAGAGUAGCUUACUAAGCUCAAUUUUCGCAUCUCCAUCAUCAAAGAGAAUAUUGAAUUUGAAGGGUUCAGUUUUCAACAAUAGUGAAGUGAGUGAGGAGAUCAAUGAUCAUGAAUUGGCUUACAGGAAAGCAGAGGAAGCAGCAUCAAGGAGGAAUGAAGCAGCAGAAUGGCUACGAGAAAUGGACAAUGUAGCUUCUUCCUCACUCUCCAAACAACCCUCCGAAGAAGAGUUCUGCCUCGCUCUCCGCAAUGGCCUCAUUCUUUGCAACGUUCUCAACAAAGUCAAUCCGGGUGCUAUCCUCAAAGUGGUGGACAAUCCACUCCCUGCUGUUCAAUCUCUAGAGGGUCCAGCUCACUCUGCCAUUCAGUAUUUUGAGAACAUGAAGAAUUUUCUUGAUGCUGUCAGGGAUAUGACCUUGUUGACCUUUGAAGCUUCUGAUUUGGAAAAGGGUGGUUCAUCUAGUAAAGUUGUGGACUGCAUUCUCUGUUUGAAAGGGUAUUAUGAAUGGAAGCUAUCUGGUGGAGUUGGGGUUUGGAGGUAUGGAGGAACUGUCAGGAUUAUGUCUUUCCCCAAAGAAACUCCUUCUUCCUCUAUAUUGGGCAGUGAAAGUGCUGACGAGUCCCUUGAUGAGUUUCAGUCCUCACAGUAUCAACAGUUGCUUGAAUUUCUUCAUAUGUCUCCGGAGGUCUCAAUUGAAGAAACCAGAACAGCUAGUGCUCUGAAUUUCUUGUUUGAUCAUUUUGGACUCAAACUUCUCCAGGCUUUCGUUAGAGAGACUGAUGAGGCUAAAGAUCUACCACUCAAUGCAAUGGUUAUUGAUACAUUUCUCAGCAAGAUAGUAAGGGAUUUCUCAACGUUACUUGUUUCUCAAGGCACUCAGCUUGCAUUUUUCCUCAAGAAAAUAUUGAAAAGCGGUGAUAGUGGCUGCCUCUCUAAGAGAGAAUUUAUGGAAGCUAUCACAUUAUAUCUUAAUCAAAGAAGUAGUUUGACGUCAAAUGAUUUAUCUAAAUUCUGCACUUGUGGGGGAAAACGUGAGAGUACUCAGCAUAAUGUUAAUUAUUCAGCCAAACAGGCUGAAAUAAUUGAUGCUCAGCAGAAACAACUUGAGGGAAUGAAAUACUUGUUGGCGGAUAUAAAAAGGGAAGUCAAACAGAUUCAAUUUGAAUGGGACCAAGAACUGAGCAGGCUCGAGAGUCAUAUAAAGAGCCUUGAGGGAACCUCCUCUUCCUACCACAAAGUUUUAGAAGAGAACCGCUCUCUUUACAAUCAAGUGAUAGACCUCAAAGGAUCCAUUAGGGUCUAUUGUAGAGUGAGGCCUUUCUUACCAGGACAAUCAAAUGGACAAUCUACAGUCGAUUAUAUAGGAGAAAAUGGAAACAUCAUGAUUGUGAAUCCCCUUAAGCAGGGAAAAGAUGCUAGAAAAGUAUUUUCAUUCAAUAAGGUGUUCCCGACAAAUGCCACACAAGAACAAAUAUAUGUUGAUACUCGGCCAUUGGUCAGAUCGGUUUUAGAUGGUUAUAAUGCAUGCAUCUUUGCAUAUGGACAAACUGGCUCAGGGAAAACCUACACAAUGAGUGGUCCAGAUUUGAUGACUGAAGAGACAUGGGGUGUAAACUAUAGAGCUUUGCAAGACUUAUUUCAUAUAUCAAAGGAUAGAGCAGAUGCAAUAAAAUAUGAAGUUGGCGUCCAGAUGAUUGAAAUAUACAAUGAACAAGUGAGAGAUUUACUAGUCAGUGAUGGCUCUAACAGAAGAUUAGAAAUACGAAACAACUCUCAAUUGAAUGGUCUGAAUGUGCCUGAUGCAUGUUUGGUUCCGGUUAGUUGUACUCAAGAUGUUCUUGAUUUAAUGAAAAUUGGUCAGAGGAAUCGUGCUGUUGGUGCUACCGCUCUAAAUGAGCGAAGCAGUCGUUCUCAUAGUGUGUUGACAGUUCAUGUCAGAGGAAUGGACGUAGUCUCUAAUUCAGUUCUGAAGGGUUGUCUACAUCUUGUGGAUUUAGCUGGAAGUGAGAGAGUGGAGAAAUCUGAGGCCGUUGGCGAGAGACUAAAGGAGGCUCAACAUAUUAACAAAUCACUGUCUGCACUUGGCGAUGUUAUCUCCGCUUUGGCACAGAAGAGUCAACAUAUUCCUUACAGAAAUAGCAAGCUUACACAAGUUUUACAAGAUUCAUUAGGUGGCCAUGCAAAGACUUUGAUGUUUGUUCAUAUAAAUCCUGAAAUCAAUGCUCUUGGGGAGACAAUUAGCACAUUGAAGUUUGCUGAGAGGGUUGCAUCCAUUGAACUUGGGGCUGCUAAAUCUAAUAAAGAAACCGGUGAAAUCCGAGAGCUCAAGGAAGAGAUAUCAAAUAUCAAAUCGGCAUUGGAGAGGAAGGAAAAUGAACUGGAGCAAUGGAAAACUGGAAAUGCACGGAAUGUCACAGAAUCUCAGAAACCAAGAGCUGUUUCACCUUUCCGUAUGCCCAAAUAUAGUACCAGUGGCAGCAUGAAGCCUGAAAAUAGUCAAAGAUCCAUGGAUGAUAGAAGCUCUGAGGCUAAAAAUUAUUCUUCGGGCAAACAAAGAAGGCCAAGAUUUCCCUCAACAUUUAUGGACAAGGACUCCAUACCAAAAAUGUCUCUUCUGUCUGAAGAAAAGUCAGUGAGCACAGGGAGGGGCAGGUCACCAUCACCUCCAAUUAGGAGAUCAAUAUCUACUGAUAGAGGUUCUGUCAUUAAAAGCAAGACCAAAAUCGACAAUCUAGAAAACCAACCAAUUUCGAAGAAUCCAUUUACAGCUAGAACAGUGCCAGUAAAUAAAUCUAUUGUCACAAUGACAAUGACACCACAUCCACAAGAGCCAGUGAAACACGAUUUUGUUUAUGAACCUCUCUUUAACGCCCAGAAAGUAAGCUUCAGGAAAGUUCAUCGAGAACACGAAGAGCAACAGGUCAAACAACCAUUUGCGGCAGUAAGACAAAGUGGUGUUAGGAAUAGCAAAGCUGACAAUAAGGUCAAGGCAAAACAUCAUCAACGAUCGCCCUUUAGGAUUCAAAAGACCGAUUUAAUACCUAAAUUGAUUCCUGACAUGGAUAUUACCGGUGAAAUCGUGGAGGCGCCUCAAAAGUGUGAUUAUUCUGAGCCAGAAAAUGACUUUACUUUUAUGGAGUCUGCAGUGAAUGGUGUAUUAAGUGUUAAAAAGAUGCGUCACAACAUCUCAAGGAAUUCUCAGAACCAUGAAUCAAGAAGAAUUAUGCAAGAAGCUGAACCAUUGUCUGCUAGUAAAGUUGAAAACAAACUUUUAAAUGUUCAAGGUCGCAAUCUUAAGGAAGGAACCAAUACAUCUAUGCAUGAAUUUAAAAGAAGCCGGUCGACACCACGAGGAAAGUUUUUUGUAUUAUAAUGAAGAUUUCAGGUUAAUAUAUAUUUUUUAAUUUAUAUAAUGUAUUUGUGUAUAGUGAUUGUUAUUGAUGUGCACCUCACAUGAUUUUUAUAUAGACUUUGAGGCCUUAAGAUCAGUUUGUCGUGUGAUCUUUAUCUAUUUUUGUCAUGCUACUUUGUAAUUUAUAAUGGUAUGUAUUAUACUCCUAAAAUCAUGAGGUUUUGUUCUA